CCCAACGUCCAUUAUUUAAACCGAUCCCUAAAGGCAUCUUCCGGAAUGUAUCCCCUUUAUUUAUUACAGUGUAUCAAGUUUCAUCUCCAUUUGAAUAUCACUUCAAUGUGUUUAUUGCCGUCGCGUAUCAGCCAAUCACAAAGCGAGGACCCGGGCUCCAGCCGUAGAGAGCUGAAGGCGUUGAAAGUGAACCAAGCGCUUGAAGAUCGAGGGGCCAAAACGCUGCGCUUCAGACUCACACUCUGCAAGAGGAACAUGCCAACAAAGAUUGAAAUGUGACUCAACUGUAGGGAAUGUAACAAAGAAACGGUCUACAGUAAAAGUAGAUGGUGUGUAGCCUAAAGAAGAUGAUUUUUUUACUGUUUUCCUUACGUUUCCUUUCAUGGCAGUUGAUUUCACUGAAGAGAAGCGGCACUCGGACUUGCUGUUGAGUUUUGGGACAUUUUUUCUUCCGCCGUAUGUGUAGGAUACAUUGAUGCAGUUUUAAAAAAUGCUCUCAUUUGGUCGUGUUCUUGUUGCUCUCAAAGUGGUUUCUUGACAGCUGUGAAGAGUUUUUAGGAACCUAGGUGCGCUUUUUUGGCAUUUACCUGGGUUACGUCUCACGGAGUAGGCUAUUGAAGCAUUCUUUGGUCCCAAAGACUUUUGAAGGGGUACAGCCAACUCAUUGUACUGGAUUUUCCGUCGGCGAAGAACUGUGACAUGGAUGCGCUUUGGGUCUGCACACUUUUUCUGCUCGUAAAUGUUGCUCUGGGAGAUGCCUGCGUCAGUGGGCAGUUCAGCCAGUCAGGGGAGUGCUGUAGCCCGUGUCCUCCAGGCCAUGGGGUGGAGGUAGAGUGUGGGAUAGAGGACACCAAGUGCCAGCCUUGCCCUGAGGGAACGUUCUCCCCAUCAGACGGUCUCUCCCCGUGCCUCCCCUGUGCCCGAUGCCCAGCUGGCAUCCCAGAACUCACCUCUUGCAGCGCCACCCAGGAUACCCACUGUGACUGUGACCAGCACUUCUACCUGUGGCGGGAUGGGGAGAGUGUGGCAGGGCUGUGUGCCGCCUGCACCAUGUGUGGCCGGGGCGAGGGGGUGGUGAGGCUGUGUGGUGCCCAGGGGAACACCCAGUGCCAACCAUGUCGCCCAGGAACGUUCUCAGAGGAGAAGAGUGAUAUCAAGCCCUGCCAGGCCUGCUCUCAGUGCUCUGACACUGAAGUGGAGAUCAGAGCCUGCCAGCUCAACUCUGACACCCUCUGCAUGGAUAAGAAGCUCCACAUCCUGUCUCGUCCCCCUGAGUCUGACGGCCCUCUGGCCGCUCCUCGCCUGCCUGGGUUAGGGUUGGUGAAUGAUGGAGAGGAGGCCAGCCCUGCCCCUGGAGGAGGAGCAGCCCCCAGGGCCCCCGGGUUCACCCCUCAGGAUGAUGGGAGCAGCAACCACAUCCUGGUCUACGUAUCUGUUCUGGCUGCUGUGGUGCUGGGCCUGCUGCUCUACGUCGCCUACAAGUGCUGGAUGUCGUAUAAGCAGAAGCAGGCGUUGAGUAAAGCCCGCGCUGCAGAGCUGGGGACGUGUCCUGAAGGAGAAAAACUCCACAGUGACAGUGGCGUGUUCCUGGACUCACACAGCCUGCAGGAUGGCCAACCAAGUAAAGGUAGUAAGAGGGACAGUAAGCAGGACGGCCGUCUGUACAUCAACCUGCCCCCCCACAGACAGGAGGAGGUGGAGCGUCUGCUCCAGGAGGGGAGUGGGGGCCGCAGAGGCUCCUGGAGGACCCUGGGGGCCGCGCUGGGCUACGAGCCCGAGCAGAUGGACCUGUUUGGGCACGGCGAGGCUCCUGUACACACCCUCCUUUCCAACUGGGCUCAGCAGGAGGGCUCCACUCUGGGGCUUCUGUGCUCGGCGCUGGCCCGCAUCGAGAGGCCCGACGUAGCCGCCACCCUCACCUGCCCUGCCCAGGGGGUGUCUGUGGUCUGAGGAAGGAGCCAUGGUUGGUCCCAAAUGGCACCCUAUUCCCUAUAUAGUGCACUACUGGUAAGCUAAAGGUCAAAAGUAGUGCACUAUGUAGGGUGCCACAGAGCCAUCAUAAGGUGAAUGCACCAAUUUGUAAGUCGCUCUGGAUAAGAGCGUCUGCUAAAUGACUUAAAUGUAAAUGUAAUGAGCCUGAUAAGACUGGGUGGCAUUCAUUAGGAACCAAAUGCAAGAAAACGGACUGAAUCAGGGAGUGACGAUCUGAACUUGAACCAAUAAGAAAUGUUUGUUUUCCGUUGCAAAACAUACUGCUGCGGUGUGUAUUAAUGAAUACGACCCUUGUGGACAUAGGAGAGGAUGGAUGGGGCAAACAGCCCUCCUUCUCGCCCACUGGGAUGGCAUGGCAUGCCAGGGGAGGUACUCUUGACUGCCCCAUAAUGCCUCAGACAUUUGAACUGAAGAGGACAGUGGAAGUGUUGUUGCUGGCUUGUUCAUCCUCUAUUGGAAAUGUACAGUAUAUCCACCAUUCUUCCAGUAUAUAUAUAUAUAUUUUACCAUAUUUGUGUAUAAUCUGCCCAAGCGUUCUAGGAAUGGGUAUUUAUUUGCAGCAGUCAGAAGGAUCCACUCUCUUUCCUGAUUUGUUUUGCAGCAAUGUGAGGAGGAUGCACAACAGCUGACUAACUAACUGAACAGGCAUGGGAAUGAAAUACUCUGUAGAAUAUUCUUUACAUGAAAUAAAGGCAUUCUGUUCAUAUUAACAAUCAGUCAUGAAUUUUAAGACCUUUGUAAAUAUUUGAUCAUACAUUCAUUGUAAUAUAGUGUUAGAAAGGUUUUCAAGCAUGAAGGGGCAAUCGCAAACCUCUGACUGAGGAUGCAUGAUGACUCUCUCUCUCUCUCUCAGCUUCUCCAUCUUAAAGACAUUGGGAGGCCUCAAAUCAGUGAUGUACUAUCAGCGUUGCUAGUCACUGCCUCUCUCCUAUCAUGGUUUCUGGUGUGGCUGGCUAUCCAGAACAUUAUCGUUAUGUAACAAUCAAUCACUUAUUCUGGUCUAUAUUCUAAUGUCAUGGUGUGUGUUUUUCUAAGACGUCGUUUCAUAUAAUAAAUGCUUUUGAAGGUGA